AGCAAGAGCAAAACAGUAGACAGAAUCACAAAAUAGGAAAAUCGCGGAGGGAUUAUUGUUGAGGAUUGGGGAGUAGUUGUAGUAGAGCUCGAGGCCCAUGCCGUCGUGUCCUUGUACAGUUUCUGGAUUCUGAUCUUGUUGGCGCCGCCACCAGCUUCUUGAGGCCGCCGAUCAUCUGGUUGUAGCCGAUCACCUCAAUAACCCUAGCUAGAAUGUCUAUAAACCUGUCCCAAACUCGUCACUUAACACUUACCCAAACCCCUUCUAUUAGGAUUUGAUGAAGGCGUAUUCACAACAUAUGCACACCGCAAGGCAUCAGCUCUUUUAGACAUAUCAUCAAACACUUUCCCGGUAAUCGCUUACCAAUUCUGCAAUCCACCCACUGCCGUCGCCUCAUCUUCUACGGGCCCCAUAUCGACCACCACCUGCAGGUAUUCUACAAUCAACAUCAUCUCAAAACAAUACCAUUCUUCAUCAACUAACUGAAAUUCACCCCAAUUCCCAAAAUGUUCACUCUACGCGGGAACAAAUUUCAACGCCUCCAACCCAAUAAACCCUCCUACUACAGUAUCUUCAGUUUAACCCGAUCAAAUUCUCGCACUCCUUCGUUACCCACAUUUCAGAGUCUCUCAAAUCCAACAUUCUUGUUUCUAUUACACGGCGAACGACCUAAAAAUGCAGUCUUUUUCAGAAACCCAUCUGCUGCAUCGUAUUCUUCACGAAUCUACAAAGGCCCGAUACCAAGAACACUGAGGAGGAGAAUCAAGAAGAGAGAGAGAGCAGCAGCGAAACCCGCACUAAACGAAGCUCUUUUCCAAGCAGCUAAAUCCCAACUCCCACCGAGAUUCACCCCUGAAGAGCUACACGAUGUCAUAGCCUUACAGGAAGAUCCAUUAGUUUGUUUGGAGCUUUUCAAUUGGGCAUCCCAACAGCACAGAUUCAGGCAUAAUGUGUUGACCUAUCACGCUACGAUCAAGAAGCUCGGUGCAGCUAAAAUGUAUGAGGAGAUGGAUUAUGUCGUCAAUCAGGUGCUAGCCGUUUCUUCUAUUGCGUCUGAGCCCCUUUACAAUAGCAUGAUUUAUUACUUCACUGAAGCUAGGAAACUGGUUAGGGCUGUGAAUAUAUUCAAGCGUAUGUGUGAUUGUAGGAAGUUGGAUAGCAGGCCGACGAUAAGAACUUAUAACAUACUGUUUGGCGCGCUUCUGAGCCGUGGAAAGAAUUCUUAUAUCAAUCAUAUGUAUAUGGAGACUAUAAGAAGUUUAUUCAAACAAAUGGUGGAUGAUGGGAUUGAGCCUGAUAUUUUUUGUCUGAAUUCUAUGAUCAAAGGAUAUGUGCUUUCUCUUCAUGUCAAUGAUGCCCUUAGAAUCUUUCACCAGAUGGGCACGAUUUACGAAUGCCAGCCCAACUCAUUUUCAUACGAUUAUUUGAUUCAUGGGCUGUGUGCCCAGGGACGAACACAGAAUGCUAGAGAGAUUUGUGAGAGAAUGAAGAAGAGUGGUUUUGUGCCUCGCAGUAAAUCCUAUAACUCCCUUGUGAACUCCUUAGCCCUCGAGGGAGAAAUUGAUGAAGCUGUGAAAUUCUUGUGGGAGAUGGCUGAAAACCAGAGGUGGGCUGACAUCAUCACUUAUAGAACUGUGUCGGAUGAAAUGUCACGACAGAGAGGGACUAGAGAGGCUUUGAGGUUCUUGGACCAGCUGCAAGAAAAGAAACUUGUAGACAGGCAAACAUACCAGAAGAUUGUGUAUGAACUUGAAGAUAACACUCAUUAUGAAAGUAUAUGAUGUGUAUUCAGGUAAAAGCUAAGAAUAUGAAUGAGGUGCUGCAUCAUCGAUAUGCAAGCUGUGGACUCUUUUGAUGGUAGCAGGACUCAACUCUUAGUGGUGUACUGGAUGCUGACUUAUCUUUAUGCAGUUGGAAUAUUUGGCCGAAGUUCUGGAAGAAUGGAAGAUUACUUUGCCAAUAGAAGGCCAAUAAUAGGUAAGGGUGCUUCUGCUUUUGUCCACUCUUCCACACACUCUUCAAGAACAAUAUAUACUCGAUUGGAAUUCAUAUAUCAUCAUAGUUUCUGCACCAUAUGUGUAUAAACCGGUAUCAUUAAUAUAAAGUUUCACACAUUUUAAUGGUGCUAGACAGCCUAGACUACAGGUGAAACGCCAUCAAAUACACAAACACAGCUGCCUUUGUAGACCCCCCAAAUCUAUAGCUUAUUUGAAGCCAAUCUGAUAUCCUUGUCAAGAUUUCACCUGUUUCGUUGUAGGUUGCUUUUUAGGGGCUUUCACAAUUCAGUAUUAUUAUUUGCAACUAAGAGAAGUCAUGUUAAAAUGUAUGUCAAUAGAAAAUUGUGGUGAAUCUUAGGUCUUGUAUAAUUCUCUUAAGGGUGUGUUCCCUUUGGUUGUAAAUUUAUCAUGAGAAAAUGAGGGAUAGAUAUGU